AUGGGCCCUGCGAUCCUACCACUACUUUGCAUACAUUUCCUUUUUCUCGAUUUUGAAAUACUUCACUUCUUCGCUGUGUCCAAAUUCGGCCCUAAAGGCACCCUUCCAGAAACUCCGCCAGGACAGAUCGUUUUCAGGCAGCCGCUACCGGAUAUCCUGUUCUCGUUGUUUCCCGAGCAAGAAUGGGCCUCUCGGCUAGGCGACUACAUGGUGCUGGCCACAGUCAUCUGCUUCUGCCUUCUGCUCGUGUUUCAUCAAUCGCGAGCAAUUGUCGCUCGCCGUUUCAUGUUCAUUGGUGCAACACUUUACGCUUUCCGCUCCGUUACUCUGCUCAUCACUCAGUUGCCGCCAGGUUACGAAAACAACGCCAUGCGAUGCCGUGAACAAGUGAAUAUCACCUUCAGCGUUUUUCUUUCGAGGGUCAUUGAGCAAGCAAUUCGAGCCGGAUUCCAGGAAAAAUCCCAUAUUGCCACCCUUGCCAUCAGGCGCAAUCAUCAGUUUGCGAUAAUUACUAUGAAAGAAGGCUUUUGA